AUGAGCCAAGAACAGCCACGGCAACCUCAAGAUGUUCAACAAGAGCCCAUCAAGUACGGCGACGUAUUCGCAGUCUCCAGUGACCUGGCGGAGAAGCCUAUUGGACUGAAAGACGCCACCAAGAUGCAGACCGCGGAAGCCACCGUCUUCGAAGAGACCCAGAAGAGUGGGGCCGCCGUGGUCAUGCUGGCGGCGGCUAUAGUCAAUGAGAGAGCUGGACUUGUCGGCUCCAAUGAGGUCGCGGACGUCACCGGAGACAUAGGUGUAACCGUCACGGCAACCGACUAUGGUACCCUGGUUAUAACUGAAUCAAUCGCUGGACAGGUUGUAGGACAAUACUAUGAAUCUACACAAGUGCAACAACAGCAACAAACAACUCCUGGAUCGCUUGCGCAGUCAAAAAUAACAAUAGGUGAAGCACUUGAAGCCACGGGCCAUAUAGCCAGCAACAAGACGGUGGACAAGAGAGAUACCGCUGCGAUUCAGGCGGCGGAGGUGAGGGCAACUGGUAGCAAUGUCAUAAGCCCCGGUGGUGUUCCUGUGGCGGCUCAGUCGGAAGCUUCUUUGAAUGCCGGGUUGGUCUGUGAUGAAGACAAGAUCAAGCUCACUCAUGUUCUCACGGGUGCAACUGCAAAGUUGUCGGCAGACAAGGCAGCAACAAGAGAGGACGCAGAGCUGAGGAACAACCCUAACUUGGAAACACAUCCUGGAGGAGUGGCUGCAGCUGCUAGGCUCAAUGAGGGAACCAUAUGACCACAACCACGAGACUGUAUUGAGCAUAGUAUGUGACCUUGAAAAAGAGACAUGUCUUCUUUGUACAAUGUUAGAUGAAUGUUCCGUCUGUUCCUCUGAUUGUCUUGUUUUACUUUUGUGUGUGUUUAGACAUGUAGAAAUUUCAUAUGAUUAUGUAAUUUUUGGUCUUUUCAAAGUUUUUUGAAAAUGUUAAAGAAAGGGUUGAUGAUUAGCUUGCUUUUUCGUCCCAACUUAAUUGGAAUCGUUUAGUU